AUGAAUUGGCAGUACACUCAACGACCAGAUCGAGCCUUCGCAAACUUGAAUCUUGCCGCUUGUCCUAUUCCAACUCCUCCCUUACCGCCCUACAUCGCUCGGAAGUUACUUGAAGAGAUGCAGCGACCUGAUCGCGAUGUGGAAUACGCACGUCUACCACCUUCAACUAAAUUUAGGUGUCGGAAGCCAAAGCCUGCCCGGACUAAAAGCCAGUUGAAAGGGGUUCGUCAGGCUGUUGGGAACAAUGCAGCAAAGGGCUGGGUGAAUGUCGUGCUGUGGUCGAGAGGUUGCUGCGACUUGAUCGCAUGGAUACUUGGUGUCAUGAUCAUAUCAACGACGAGAUGGGCACAUGAUAUUUCAGAACGAUUUGACCUCCGGGCCAUUCUAGCUGUGUUUUCCAUAUCAUGUUUCCUGAGAUUAGCUUCCAGCAGCCUCGAGGUAGAUGCAGGUGGAAGUAUUGGAAACGGAGUCUCUAAGCCUAUUUACGUGUUGAUGGUUCCUUUGUGA